UUCAUUGCUAUCAUCUCCUUCAUAUUUUUCAUUUCUCACAAACACACUAAUUAAUGGAGAUGAAGAACGAGAAUGAAAGUGUGAGCGAGAAUGAGAAUGAGAGUCACGAUAAGUCGGUGCAACAGAUUCAACAUCCUUUUCAUAAGGAACAUCCCUUGGUGUUAGUGGCAGAGCAAAGCAAUUAAGGUCUCAAAGCUUACUGCGAUGGAUGUGGGGAACUGUUUUUAGCUCCAUGCUUCACUUGUUUUCAUUGCAAUUAUCACCUUCACAAGCAAUGUGCUGAGGCACCCCUUGAAAUUCCUAAUCACCGUCUCCAUCCCAAGCACUCAUACGCAGGUUUUUUUCUUCAACAAAAGCCAUGCCUUUAUGAUGACCUGGUAUAUGGCUGUGCAUUAUGCAAGGAAAAACGUAACAUGUUUUUUUAUGAAUGUAAUGAUUGUUUUUUUUCAUUGACAUUAAAUGUGCUCAAUUAUCUUCUUCAUUUAAGUUUAGCCAACUGUCCGAACAUGACAUCCGCCAACAUCCAUUGACCUUCAUAGAAAGUCCCAUGGCCAUAGAUGUACUAAAAAGAUUGAACUGCUGCUGGUGUCAUGAACCAUUGACAGAUGAUAUAUAUCUUUGUCCUGACUGUACAUUCAUCAUUCACAAAAGAUGCCUUGAUAAAUUACCCACUGAAAUUGAUCACCUUACACAUCGCUUACACCGUCUUAUUCUUAACCGUAGUGAUAGUGAUUACUUGUGCAACCUAUGCCAAAAGCAACAUUCUGGACCUUUUUACGGUUGUUCUCUUUGCCAUUUCAACAUCAAUGUCGAAUGUGCUUGGCCGAGGUCUACUGUUGAAGAUAAAAGUCGUCAUCAGCAUCCAUUCACCAUACUUAUGAGACAAGAUUCAUUCAUUUGUGAUGCAUGUGGCACUGAAAGAAAUUGUAUUUCAUAUAUAUGUUCAACAUGCAGCCUCAUGGUCCAUAAGGAUUGCACUUCACUCCCACGCAUCAUCAAAUUUUCUCGAUAUGAUCACUGCAUUUUUCACAAAUAUUUUCUUAAAGAUCUUACAAGGCAAGAUUGCAAGAUUUGUUUCAAAGAAGUGAGACUAGAGUGUGGGAGUUACUCUUGUAGGAAGCCAGGUUGCAAUUACGUUGUCCAUGUGAAUUGUGUCUUAGAGGAUAAAAGUUUGUACAAGGUAAUUGAGGAAGAGAAGCAAUGUGAGGAGCUUGAAGAAAAAUCUAUGCAUUCUUUCAUCAUUCGUGUUAUUGAGGUGAAUGAAGCUGGGGAAGCUAUAAAGAUUCAACAUUUGAGUCAUCAACAUUGCUUGGUGUUAGCAAACAAGAUGGAGGAGGACAUUGAUAGAAAAUGUGAUGGGUGCAUGCUACCUAUCUCAAAUAUUUUCUAUUAUUGUUUAGAAUGUCCCUUUUUUCUUCAUAAAACCUGUGCUGAAUUGCCAAGAAUCAAGCAACAUUGGUUUCAUCAAAGCAAUUCCACCCUCUAUUUCGACAGCUUCAAGAAAUGUGACUUUUGCAAUCAACAUUGUAGUGGUUUCUUUUACAAAAUUAGAGAAGGUUGGGACAUGUGCUUAAGGUGUGCCAAAGUUUUUGAUAUCAUUGAAUGUAAAGGACACCAACACUUUCUCUUUUUUGAUUUCAAAUACAUGGAGAAAUGUAAUGGUUGUGGCGAGACGAAUCGGUAUGGUGCAUUCAGAUGUGGAAAAUGCAGAUUUGCUUUGGAUUUUGGAUGCUUAACAUUACCACAUUUAGCUCUUCACAAAAUUGAUGAACACAAGCUAAAGCUUACUUAUCAUGAUGAUAAGGAGCAAAGUUAUUGUGAUAUUUGUGAGAAAUAUAGAGAUCCAAGCCUUUGGCUUUAUUCUUGUUCAAUCUGUGAUACUUCUGCUCAUAUCAAAUGUGUUCUUGGACACUUUCCAUUUCUCAAAGAUGGGGUCACAUUUAUUUAUUAUCACAAGCAUCACCAUGAUCUUAAAUUUUUUAGGAAAGUCAAGGGCUACCCUGAAUGCUCUUAUUGUGGUAAGCUUUGCCAAGAAGAAAUUCUUAAGUGUGAAAAGUCUACAUGCAACUAUAUUAUCCACAACAAAUACAAAUGCCGUUGGUGUUACUAAGCCUAAAGCUUUGUGGUAAGUACUCUAAAUGAUUAAAAAAUUAUUUUUCAAUCAUUAAUGUUGUUGAUUGCUAUUAUUUCAUGAUUUUGUUUUCAGUAUCAACAUCAGUUCUAAUUGUGUUCAUGGUUGUAGAUGUGAUUUAUUCAAAUGAAAAGCACCAAAGGAUUUAUUUGAUCAAAGCAGUUCACAAAGAAUUUGGCAUUUCAUUCUUCUUUGAUGAAAGGAUGCUCGAAUUCUAAGUGUGAUUUGGUUUCAUUGUUACUUUGUUUAAGAUUGAU